UUCGCAGCCACCAAUUUCUGUGUUAUAGCAAAUUUAAAAUUGAUAAAAAAUAGAUUAAUUCUAAGAAUUUACUAGAACUUGUAUAUUAUUAGAAAGGCAUGUGCUUACAGAAUGAUUAGAGAGGAAAUCAAAACUCUAUUCAAGCCAUUAAUAUAAAAAAUAUUUUAUUGGAUUUAGCUAAAAUAAUACGGGUAUUUUUGAUAUUAUUUUUUCAAACGAAUAAAGCAAAAUAGGCAUAAAUUUUGUCUAAAAAUCUGUCAAUAGCCAAGUUCCAUAAAUUAUAAAAUCAAGCAUAUAUGUAGCAUAUUAUUAGGUCCAAGUAUCUGAUAUCAAUAUCUAAGUAAAUACAUAUUCUUUAUUUCCUGUUAUAUAAAUAAUAAUAAAAAUACUAUAGAUAUAUAUAGAAGUAAAUAUUGAAAAAAGAUGAUAAUGAUAGAGAUGGGUAUAAUAGCAAUAGUAAUAAGGUAUAAUAAUAAUAAAUAAAUAAAUGA